GGAAGAUCAUGCUGAGAUGGAUGGCAGUUGGAGAGAUGUCCUGGCUGUGCUGGCCAUCCUGGCUGGGCUAACAGCUUCUGGGUCCGGUUAUCAGAUCAUAGAAGGUCCUCAGAACGUAACAGCCCUAAGGGGUUCAGAUGCUCGCUUCAACUGCACCGUGACUCAUGGCUGGAAGCUCAUCAUGUGGGCUCUCAAAGGUGUCGUGCAGCUGAGCGUCACUUCCCAGGAGCCCAUCAUCACCAACAACCGCUUCACCUCUGCCAGUUACAAUUCCAGCGACAGCUUCGUUUCCGAGAUGAUCAUCCAUGAUGUGCAGCCGGACGACUCGGGUCCCGUGCGGUGCAGCCUGCAGAACAGCGACAUCUUUGGGACUGCCUUCCUCUCGGUGCAGGUCAUGGGGACCCUGGACAUUCCUAGCAACAACCUUAUAGUCACUAAGGGUGAGCCCUGUAAUGUGACUUGCUAUGCCCUGGGCUGGACCCCAUUCCCAGUUAUUUCCUGGGAGCUCGAGGUCCCAGUAAGCCACUCCAGCUCCUACUCCUUUCUGGACCCGGGCAACUUUAUGAGGGUAUUGAGUGUCUUGGAUCUUACACCAUUGGACAACGGGACCUUGACCUGUGUGGCCGAGCUGAGGGACCUGCAGGCCGGCAAGUCCUUAGCUGUCAACCUGACUGUGGUUCAGCCUUCGCCUGAUAGUGUUGGUGAGGAGGGCGCGUCGCUGCCGACCUGGGCCAUCGCCCUGCUGGCCGUGGCCUUCUCCUUGCUCCUGAUCCUGAUCAUUGCUCUGAUUAUAAUAUUCUGCUGCUGUGUCUCCAGGACAGAAAAGAAAGAAUCUAGUUAUCAAAAUGAAAUAAGGAAAUCUGCAGCCGUGAGAACAAACAAAGCAGAACCCAAGCUGAGCUUAAAAAGUGGAAAGGAAAACUACGGGUACAGUUCGGAAGAAGCUAGGGCUGCACAGAUUGCUUCUCUCGCUCCCAAACCUGGUGAAGUGAGCCUUCAGGAACAGCACAGCAGCAGAGGCCAUGCUUAUCAGGAACCCAGUAAACGCCGGCCCAGCCCAGCGAGUCACCCGCGGGUUUCCUUUGACAUCACCAGUCCUCAGAAGGUCAGAAAUGUAACUUUAGUGUAAUAAAGACUUCUCGUGGAUGCACUUUGUGCACACGUCCUUCCUCUCCGUCCUGAGUCUGGGCCUCGGCUUUGCCAAGAGACCACAUCAGAGUCACUGGAGGAAUCAGUUUCCCUAUAUUCCAAGAAGAAUUUGAUUUCAAAACAUUUCAUGGAUUUGGUGAAUUCCUUAAAGUGACUGAACAGAACCCAAGGUUCUACUACGGUGACAUUCCUC